AUGAAAUCUUCGGGUGAUCGCGCCUACGAAAAAUCCGGCGAAGAAGUACCGCGUUAUAACCUCCGUCAUAAGAAACGCGUCGAGAAAGUUCGCGAAGCCAAAAUGGCCGACAAAAAUGGUGAAAGAAGUUCGAGUGACGACGAAAAUGAUUGCGCGAUAGUUCAGCAAGACAAAGUGAUCGAAGAACUACGCGAGCAAAUAAAAGCCUUGCAAAAGUCGCUAGCGUCAUCGGAAAAGGAAAAAGUCCAAUACAUCGAAGCCCUAAAUCAACAAACCGCUAACAACGUCAUCAGUGCCGACGUACCUAGCAUCGAAGCUAUUCCUGUUAGCUUCAAGCCAACCGAAGUUACCUCUGCCAACUUCACAACAGUCAGUGCUACUUCUGCCAGCGCUAUUCCUGCCGAGACUUAUUCUUUUAGUAACAAUUAUGCCAACGCCAACGCCACCUACGCCAGCGCUACUUCCGCCAACGCCAACUUUGCCGGUGCUACAACUGCCAGCACCAAUUAUGCCAACGACACCUACGCCAGCGCUACCUCUGCCAACGCCAAUUUUGCCGGUGCUACAACUGCCAGCACCAAUUAUGCCAACGACACCUACGCCAGCGCUACCUCUGCCAACGCCAAUUUUGCCGGUGCUACAAUUGCCAGCACCAAUUAUGCCAACGCCACCUCCGCCAGCGUUACUUCUGCCAACGCCAACUUUGCCGGUGCUACAACUGCCAGCACCAAUUACGCCAACGCUACCUCUGCCAGCGUUACUUCUGCCAACGUCAAGCCCGACGCUGCCUUCGGCCCCUAUAUCCGGUCUGCCACGUGCCCGCCAGCAAUAAUGCAGCCGUACUGCCACACCAACCCUUAUUGCUUAAAUCCUCUGCCAGCAAGCUACAUGCCUGCAGCGUCCAACCCACAAAUCACACCGCAGCUCAUCAAUCAAAAAGUUCAAAUAGCACCCAGCACAAGCCAGGUACGUAAAAUUUUAGAUUUGCCAGAUUUUCAUGGCUCGCCCGAAGAGUGGCCUAUGUUUUCUGUGGCCUUUAAGGAAACCACGGAAAUGAAUUCAUAUUCGCAAUUGGAGAAUCUGUUACGUCUCCAGAAAGCCCUAAAGGGGAGAGCCAAACAACAGGUGGAAUCGUUGUUGAUCCACCCAUCCAGUGUAGAUGCGGCUAUGAAAACGUUAGAAUUUCAUUACGGUCGCCCAGAGCUACUUAUUAGAAGCCAAAUAGCGAAAGUUCGAGCGUUUCCACCCUUUACCGGAGGACGAAUCGCCGAUAUACUCAAUUUUAGCACAAUGGUAUCAAACUUAGCUGCCUUUCUAGAAAAUUCCGGUGCGGUACCACAUCUAAAUAAUCCAAUGUUGCUCGACGAAUUAAUCAGCAAACUGCCGCUGAACAAGAGGGAAGAGUGGACUCGCCACAUCUUCGAAAUGCAAAAGCCAUAUCCCACUGUGCGUGAAUUUAGCAAUUGGUUGCAGCACACAGCCAUGUAUGUGUCCAUGGCAAUAGAUGUUAUGCCAACAAAGUAUAUGCCCAACGAUUUUGUGUACCACAAACCUAAAAUGUCGUCCAAGCCCGUAAUGACUGUAACAAAAGAAGAAAAGAAGUGUUUAGUGUGUGACCAAAGCCAUAUUUUAAAUACGUGCUCAAAAUUUAAAGAUGCCGAUUGUUCGAAUCGCUGGAGUAUAGUAAAAAAUAAGCAUCUGUGUUUUUGUUGUUUGCAACCUGGUCACAGUGUACAGAAUUGCCGCAAGCGACGAGUGUGUGGUAUAUCCUCGUGUAAUAAAUUCCACAAUCGGUUGCUUCAUAGUUCCAGUGAUAAUAACAAAAACAAUAUUUCAUCUACUGAUAAAGCUGUGGCAACUGUUCAAACUGUGUAUCAAAAUCCACAACAUCCACUCGCUCGAUCAAAUUCACCACAACGUAACAAAACACUCCUCAAAUAUUUGCCUGUCAAGCUGAAAGGUCCCAAAGGUGAAAUCAACAUUUUCGCUUUCAUUGACGAAGGCGCAAAAAUAUCUCUAUUGGAGGAAAAUAUAGCGAAUGUUCUCGGCCUCAAAGGCAAAUCCAAUUUACUUCGCCUGAAGUGGAUAGGCAAUCAAAGCAUGAGCGAACAGUCGCGGCAAGUGUCAUUUGAAAUUGCCGGCGCAAAUGAAGCAGCAACGAGUUAUGAAAUGAGGGGAGUGCGUACAACAAAAAAGUUGUAUUUGCCGCAGCAGACGUUGAAUUUGAACGACUUCAUACAACGUCACGAACAAUUGGCAAAUAUACCAAUCGCCGAUUACAAUAAUGCAGUGCCGCAAAUACUUAUUGGAUUGUCGCAUACAGAGUUAAUACGAACAAUAAAAACUGUGAAUUUGGACGAUGGCUUUGCAAUCCACAAGACAAUGUUAGGGUGGACAUUAUUUGGAUCGAACGAAUAUCGUUCGAGUGAGGAAAAAUUUGAAAUAAAGCAAUUGCCAAGCGUUCGUUCAGAAGCCGAUAUUAGGGCGGAAAAGUUAUUAAACGAGACGACAAGGUUUGUAAAUAAUAAUAGAUAUGAAACCGGCUUGCUUUGGCAUAAAGAUAAUGUGAAAUUUCCCGAAAGUUUCAGUAUGGCCAUGAAGCGCUUAGAGCAAAUUGAAAUGAAAAUGGAACGGGAAAAAGACUACGGGGAAUGGUAUAAAGCAAAAAUCAACGAGUACAUCGAAAAGGAAUACGCAAAGCGACUUUCACCCGAUGAAGCUAAUGUAAAUGCUGAUCGCAUGUGGUAUUUACCACAUUUCGCCACAUGUAAUGUAAACAAAGGAAACAAACGUAGACUCGUUUUCGAUGCCGCAGCAAAAAUAAAUAAUAUGUCGUUGAAUUGUGCCCUUAUGAAAGGACCGGAGGAGUAUCAACCAAAAUCGCUGUUGGCAAUAUUGUGUAAGUUUAGACAAGGCAAAUUUGCAGUAUGUGGUGACAUAUGUGAGAUGUUUCACCGGAUUUUGAUUCGCCACGAAGAUCAAAACGCGCAGCGCUUUCUUUGGAGAGGGGGCGAUCGAUCAAAGCCGCCAGAUGUUUACGUUAUGCGCGCCAUGAUAUUUGGAUCAAUUAGCUCACCAUGUUCUGCACAAUUUGUAAAAAACGUGCACGCAGAAAAAUAUCGUGAUGUAAAUGCAAGAGCCGUCAAUGCCAUUGUGGAUCGGCACUAUGUCGACGACUAUAUGGACAGUUUCGAUACUGUCGAAGAAUGCAUUAAGGUUACCAAGGAUGGCAUCGAUAUCCAUAGCCACGCCGGGUUCCAGUUAAGAGGGUUGACGUCAAAUUCGUACGACAUUCUGCAAGCUGUAUUACACAACGAGCAGCCGUGUAAGCAACAAAGAAAUUAUAUAUGCCAAGGGGAGAGUGCUACCGAGAAGGUGCUUGGAAUGCACUGGAACCCAAACAAAGAUUACUUUUUCUUCAAAUUGCUGUUUUCAAAAGUGCCCAAAGCAGUUUUAGACUGUAGUAGACGGCCAACGAAAGGUGAGAUGCUGAGCGUUACUAUAUCUAUAUUUGAUCCGCUAGGUUUCGCGUGUGGGUUGGUGCUGCGGGCAAAAGUUUUGAUGCAGAGCCUGUGGACCAGGAGUAUAGAUUGGCAUGAGCCAAUCCCCGAAGACAUUUAUAAGAAGUGGUUGCAGUGGUACAAAACGUUGAAUACCAUCGAAAAUUUUAAAAUGCCAAGAUGUUAUGGCAUACAAUUUUUGAAUCCGAAUGCCGAUAUACAGCUACAUAUUUUUGUUGAUGCGAGUGAGAUCGCAUUUGCUGCCAUCGCCUUUUGGCGAAUUCAUCACGCAAAUAAUACAGACAUCGUAUUCGUUGCUGGCCGAUCCCGGUGCAGCCCGCUGAAGCCAUUGUCCAUUCCGAGACUUGAGUUACAAGCAGCCGUCUUGGGAAUAAAGUUGAGGGAAGCUGUCAUCAACAGCCAUGACGUACAGCCGCGUGAGUCAACAUUUUGGUCAGAUUCAAAAAUAGUUCUUCAGUGGAUAAGGUCUGACGCCAGGUGCUACAAGCAGUUCGUGGCACACCGUAUAGCUGAGAUCCUGCAAACAUCCGAAGCCAGUCAGUGGAGGUGGGUACCAGGUAAAGAAAACCCAGCUGAUGAUGCUACACGCAUAAAAACCUUUUCUCAAAAUGGUAAGUGGUUAAAUGGUCCGCCUUUUUUGAAAUUGCCUGAGCAUAGUUGGCCAGCCAUGCCAACCGAAUUUGAUAAUAGCGAAUGCCAAGAGGAGAGACGCUCCAAGCAAAUAUAUACGAUAUCGUCAGCGGAUAGAGGUGAUGACAUGGGUACGAUAUGCCAUAAUGAAAUUCCGUAA